GGUGUAGUCAGGUUUGAUGUUUUUCUCUUGAUUGACUACUAAAUCAAUGGAUUCAUCUGACUGCUGCUAAUUCAGCAGGUUGAUAGUGAAAGACUUGCCUGGAAAAUGCUAAGCUCAAGCAGACAAUUCAUUUGUAGUGACUUUUCUGUGGCUCCAUUCUCACCAGGACUGAAGCCCUAACUCUCAGGGUGGGCAAGCAAUGGCUGAAGGGGAAAUUACAACGUUCACAGCCCUGACGGAAAAGUUUGAUCUCCCCAUGGGGAAUUACAGGAAGCCCAAACUCCUUUACUGCAGCAAUGGAGGCCACUUCUUGAGGAUACUUCCUGAUGGCAAAGUGGAUGGCACAAUGGACCGAAAUGACAGACACAUCCAACUGCUGCUAAGCGCAGAAAGUGUGGGUGAGGUGUAUAUAAAGAGCACUGAGUCUGGACAGUACUUGGCUAUGGAUGCCAAUGGACGUUUAUAUGGCUCGCAGUUGCCAACGGAGGAGUGUUUGUUCCUUGAGAAGAUGGAAGAAAACCAUUACAACACUUAUACGUCGAAGAUGCAUGCAGAGAAGAACUGGUUCGUUGGCUUGAAGAAGAAUGGGAAAAGCAAACUGGGACCACGGACUCAUUUUGGCCAAAAGGCAAUACUUUUCCUGCCCUUGCCAGUGUCACCUGAUUAGUUUUGCCACAUUGUAAAAUAUAUCCAUUAGAAGUAAGCAGCCGGUAAGUAGCCUUCCCUCCGCACCUCUCCUUUGAUUCUCUCACACUUGGGAACAUGAAAAUAAAGUCGGGCAGAGUGUGUGAGAUGAAAAAUACAAAUUGAUUGCAUAGAUUGUGCAUCUAAUACAUAGUACUCUGGCAUCCCAUAGUAAUGCCUCCAAAAUAAAUCAAAUCUGCUCUAGUCAUAGAUAAGCACACAUUUUGGUGUGUGCAUCUCCUGUAUCCCUAUACAUAACAAAGUUUCCCUUUUUGAAAUGCAUAUUUAGACCAUAUGAUCUAAGUUUCAAAAACAUUUAAGAACGCUUUUAAUCAUUCUUGUGUAUCACAUGGAGGCUUAAUCAACAAUACAGAAGCUAUCCUGUCAUUUAAAACAAAUUAACUGUGUGCUAGUAGGACUAAGAUAAACUAACCCUUUCUUUUUAAACUAAUAUUGCUCUGGUUCUUGAUAAUAUCUGGUAUAUGUGAUAUGUAUUUAUUUAUUGAGUAAAACUGUAUACACUUUAAACUGUUCAACGAUUUUUAACUAUAAGCAAUGUCAUGUAAUAUAUAUACUCCCUGCAACCCAAAAAAAGACCACAAGGAAGCCAGAUAAUCUGGAACAUUUUGGUUACAAAAAUACGCAAAAAAUAGAACACAUAAAGAAAUACAAUGGAGAGAAGAUUCUACAUAUGAACAUCCAAUAGAAAUAAGUGGGACUUGAAUGUUUAACUGUAGGCCUAAAUCCCAUUGAUUUCUGUGUGACAAAUCCCACAGGCCAUGUAAUACAUGGCAACACUGUUUGUGGUUAGAUACAGUCAUUGCAAUAGCACCCUUUCAGGAAGAGGGUUGGAGGUAGGCCUGUGGCUCCGAAUGGAUGUAAUUUCUCGUUCCAUCCACAGCAAGCUAAUCAGCGAUCUCUUAACCUAUGGACCAUGAGAUCUCUGGUAUGCCUGCUGUUUACAGUGCCUGAUGGGAGUAGGAGCUCAGCAACAAAAUGUGGUACAAAGCAAGAUUCUCUGGGCAAGAG